AUGGACUCUCCUUACGGUCCUGACACUUCUGGUGUCCCAGAUACUCUUGAUGGUCCGGACACCCACGAUGGUCUGGACACUUGUGAUGGUCCAGAUACUACCACUGUUUCAGAUCAUCCUGAUGGUCUGGACACCCCUGAUGGUACAGACACUUCUGAUGGUCCACAUAAUCCUGAUGGUCCAGACAUUCCUGAGGGUCCGGACACUCCUGAUGGUCCAGAUAUUCCUGUUGGUUCAGAUAAUCCUCAUGAUCCGGACACUCCCGAUGGUCCAGACACUCCUUACAGUCUGGGCACUUCUGAUGAUCCUGACACCUCUGAUGUUCCUGAUACUUCUGAGGGGCCCAGUACUCCUGUUGGUCCCAUAACGUCUGAUGGUUGCAGUACUUCUGAGAAUCCCCGAGUUUCUCAUGUUCCCAAUACUCAGGAUGGUCCUGAAUCUCCUGCUCCUCUUGCUGCCCUUCUGGAUCCUGCUAUUUCUGAGGAAGCUGAUGUUCCUGCCCCUCCUUCUGUUCCUGCCGAUGGUCCCGAAUCUCCUAAUGCUGCUGACUAUGAUGAUGAAGAACAUGCUCUACAAGUUGUUAAAGUCGUUCCCACUAAGGAGAAAAAUGAUAAAAAUGAAAGUGCCUGUCCUUUGGAGAAAGUAAACAAACGUGAAAUUACAAAAAGUCCAUUGAACGAAUUGGUGAGAACAUCAACACCUAAGACAUCUACUGCAGAAAUGGACACAUUGAUGGAAAUGAACGUUCAUCGCGUGUCAGAUUCCACCAUCAGAAUGGAACGUAAUGAUCAAGCAUUUUCAUACAAAUGCCUAAUGAAUGGAGCCCCCUGCCCUCUGGCAGAAGAAAAGAAAAGUGAAAAUAGCAAAUUCACUACAAGCGAAUCCGUGUCUGCAUCAACCAGCGCGGGGUCUCCUUUUGAAAUGGGGACUGUGCCCGAACCGCAAGUUGACGGUAGUCACGUGUCCGGUGAUCUACACCGAACUGGGAGAAGAAAUGAAAGAGCCUAUCCUUUGGAGAAAGGAAAUAAAAGUGCAAUUACAAAAAGUCAAUUGAGAGAAUUGGUGAGAAUACCAACACGUGAGACAUCCACUUCAGAAAUGGACUCUCCUUACGGUCCUGACACUUCUGGUGUCCCAGAUCCUCUUGAUGGUCCGGACACCCACGAUGGUCUGGACACUUGUGAUGGUCCAGAUACUACCACUGUUUCAGAUCAUCCUGAUGGUCCGGACACCCCUGAUGGUACAGACGUUUCUGAUGGUCCACAUAAUCCUGAUGGUCCAGAUAUUCCUGAUGAUCCGGACACUCCUGAUGGUCUGGAUAUUCCGCUUGGUUCAGAUAAUCCGCAUGAUCCGGACACUCCCGAUGGUCCAGACACUCCUUACAGUCUGGGCACUUCUGAUGAUCCUGAUCCCUCUGAUGUUCCUGAUACUUCUGAGGGGCCUAGUACUCCUGUUGGUCCCAUAACUUCUGAUGGUUCCAGUACUUCUGAGAGUCCCCGUGUUUCUCAUGGUCCCAAUGCUCAGGAUGGUCCUGAAUCUCCUGCUCCUCUUGCUGCCCUUCUGGAUCGUGCUAUUUCUGAGGAAGCUGAGGUUCCUGCCCCUCUUUCUGUUCCUGCCGAUGGUCCCGCAUCUCCUAACGCUGCUGACUAUGAUGAUGAAGAACAUGCUCUACAAGUUGCUAAAGUCGUUCCUACUAAGGAGAAAAAUGAUAAAAAUGAAAGUGCCUGUCCUUUGGAGAAAGUAAACAAACGUACAAUUACAAAAAGUCCAUUGAACGAAUUGGUGAGAACAUCAACACCUAAGACAUCUACUGCAGAAAUGGACACAUUGGUGGAAGUGAACGUUCAUCGCGUGUCAGGUGAAGUCCAGCACACAGGGAGCAGGCUUAAUGAUGGAGCUAGGGAGUCAAUCCAAGAUGGCACGCUUUGUGAACAAGAGUCCACUGUCAGAUUGGAACGUAAUGAUCAAGCAUUUUCAUACAAAUGCCAGAGAAAUGAAAGAGCCUAUCCUUUGGAGAAAGGAAAUAAAAGUGCAAUUACAAAAAGUCAAUUGAGAGAAUUGGUGAGAAUACCAACACGUGAGACAUCCGCUUCAGAAAUGGACUCUCCUUACGGUCCUGACACUUCUGGUGUCCCAGAUACUCUUGAUGGUCCGGACACCCACGAUGGUCUGGACACAUGUGAUGGUCCAGAUACUACCACUCUUUCAGAUCAUCCUGAUGGUCCGGACACCCCUGAUUGUACAGACAUUUCUGAUGGUCCACAUAAUCCUGAUGGUCCAGACAUUCCUGAUGGUCCAGACACUCCUGAUGGUGCGGAUAUUCCUGUUGGUUCAGAUAAUCCUCAUGAUCCGGACACUCCCGAUGGUCCAGACACUCCUUACAGUCUGGGCACUUCUGAUGAUCCUGAUCCCUCUGAUGUUCCUGAUGCUUCUGAGGGGCCCAGUACUCCUGUUGGUCCCAUAACUUCUGAUGGUUCCAGUACUUCUGAGAGUCCCCGUGUUUCUCAUGGUCCCAAUGCUCAGGAUGGUCCUGAAUCUCCUGCUCCUCUUGCUGCCCUUCUGGAUCCUGCUAUUUCUGCGGAAGCUGAUGUUCCUGCCCCUCUUUCUGUUCCUGCCGAUGGUCCCGCAUCUCCUAAUGCUGCUGACUAUGAUGAUGAAGAACAUGCUCUACAAGUUGCUAAAGUCGUUCCCACUAAGGAGAAAAAUGAUAAAAAUGAAAGUGCCUGUCCUUUGGAGAAAGUAAACAAAGGUGAAAUUACAAAAAGUCCAUUGAACGAAUUGGUGAGAACAUCAACACCUAAGACAUCUACUGCAGAAAUGGACACAUUGAUGGAAGUGAACGUUCAUCGCGUGUCAGAGUCAACUGUCAGAUUGGAACGUAAUGAUCAAGCAUUUUCAUACAAAUGCCUCAGAAAUGAAAGAGCCUAUCCUUUGGAGAAAGGAAAUAAAAGUGCAAUUACAAAACGUCAAUUGAGAGAAUUGGUGAGAAUACCAACACGUGAGACAUCCACUUCAGAAAUGGACUCUCCUUACACUCCUGACUCUUCUGGUGGUCCAGAUCCUCUUGAUGGUCUGGACACGCAUGAUGGUCUGGACACUUGUGAUGGUCCAGAUACGACCACUGUUUCAGAUAAUCUUGAUGGUCCUGACAGCCCUGAUGGUACAGACACUUCUGAUGGUCCACAUAAUCCUGAUGGUCCAGACAUUCCUGAUGGACCAGACACUACUGAUGGUGCGGAUAUUCCUGUUGGUUCAGAUAAUCCUCAUGAUCCGGACACUCCAGAUGGUCCAGACACUCCUUACAGUCUGGGCACUUCUGAUGAUCCUGAUCCCUCUGAUGUUCCUGAUACUUCUGAGGGGCCCAGUACUCCUGUUGGUCCCAUAACUUCUGAUGGUUCCAGUACUUCUGAGAGUCCCCGAGUUUCUCAUGGUCCCAAUGCUCAGGAUGGUCCUGAAUCUCCUGCUCCUCUUGCUGCCCUUCUGGAUCCUGCUAUUUCUGCGGAAGCUGAUGUUCCUGCCCCUCUUUCUGUUCCUGCCGAUGGCCCCGCAUCUCCUAAUGCUGCUGACUAUGAUGAUGAAGAACAUGCUCUACAAGUUGCUAAAGUCGUUCACACUAAGGAGAAAAAUGAUAAAAAUGAAAGUGCCUGUCCUUUGGAGAAAGUAAACAAACGUGAAAUUACAAAAAGUCCAUUGAAAAAAUUGGUGAGGCCAUCAACACCUAAGACAUCUACUGCAGAAAUGGACAAAUUGAUGGAAGUGAACGGUCAUCCCUUGUCAGAGUCCACUAUCAGAUUGGAACGUAAUGAUCAUGCAUUUCCUUACAAAUAUCUAAGAAAGAAAAGAGCCUAUCCAUUGGGAAAAGGAAAUAAAAGUGCAAUUACAAAAAGUCAAUUGAGAGAAUUGGUGAGCAUACCAACACCUGAGACAUCCACUGCAGGAAUGGACUCAAUGAUGGAAAUCAACAGUCUUUCCGCAUCAGAUUCCACCGUCGGAAUGGAAAACAAGUAUAAAGUAGUUCCAUACAAAAGGCUAAAGGAAGUCAAUAAUAGUGAAAAUGAUAUAACUGUAAUAGGAAAUGAAGAAAUGGAAAAACAUAAAGGUUUCUUGCACUUAAAUUGGAAACUAGGAACAGCACAUAAGAAACACAUUAAAAGGAGUGAGCCCCCCUGCCCUCUGGCAGAAGAAAAGAAAAGUGAAAACAGUAAGUUCACUACAAGGGAAUCCGUGUCUGCAUCAACCAGUGAAAGGUCUCCUGUUGAAACGGACACUGCGCAGCAAGCGCAAGUUGACGGCAGUCACGUGCCUGGUGACCUACACCACACCGGGAGAAGAAAGGAAAGAGCCUAUCCAUUGGGAAAAGGAAAUAAAAGUGCAAUUACAAAAAGUCAAUUGAGAGAAUUGGUGAGCAUACCAACACCUGAGACAUCCACUGCAGGAAUGGACUCAAUGAUGGAAAUCAACAGUCUUUCCGCAUCAGAUUCCACAGUUGGAAAGGAAAACAAGUAUAAAGUAGUUCCAUACAAAAGGCUAAAGGAAGUCAAUAAUAGUGAAAAUGAUAUAACUGUAAUAGGAAAUGAAGAAAUGGAAAAACAUAAAGGUUUCUUGCACUUAAAUUGGAAACUAGGAACAGCACAUAAGAAACACAUUAAAAGGAGUGAGCCCCCCUGCCCUCUGGCAGAAGAAAAGAAAAGUGAAAACAGUAAGUUCACUACAAGGGAAUCCGUGUCUGCAUCAACCAGUGAAAGGUCUCCUGUUGAAACGGACACUGCGCAGCAAGCGCAAGUUGACGGCAGUCACGUGCCUGGUGACCUACACCACACCGGGAGAAGAAAGGAAAGAGCCUAUCCAUUGGGAAAAGGAAAUAAAAGUGCAAUUACAAAAAGUCAAUUGAGAGAAUUGGUGAGCAUACCAACACCUGAGACAUCCACUGCAGGAAUGGACUCAAUGAUGGAAAUCAACAGUCUUUCCGCAUCAGAUUCCACAGUUGGAAAGGAAAACAAGUAUAAAGUAGUUCCAUACAAAAGGCUAAAGGAAGUCAAUAAUAGUGAAAAUGAUAUAACUGUAAUAGGAAAUGAAGAAAUGGAAAAACAUAAAGGUUUCUUGCACUUAAAUUGGAAACUAGGAACAGCACAUAAGAAACACAUUAAAAGGAGUGAGCCCCCCUGCCCUCUGGCAGAAGAAAAGAAAAGUGAAAACAGUAAGUUCACUACAAGGGAAUCCGUGUCUGCAUCAACCAGUGAAAGGUCUCCUGUUGAAACGGACACUGCGCAGCAAGCGCAAGUUGACGGCAGUCACGUGCCUGGUGACCUACACCACACCGGGAGAAGGGCUGCCGAGAAUACAUCUACCGAACUCCACAAGGUGGGCGAGAGAGUUGAUAGAAGGAGCAGACGAUUUCACUCAUUCAGCAUAAACAACUUCAGACGCCUUAUCUUCUUCAGGUCCUUCGAGGUCCUCUGAAGUCUUUGGUGUUCAAUUGAGAACUCAAGUCGUAAUCCUCCUCCACGUUUAAGAAGAACAAAAUACAUCUUUGCAUUUUGCAGAAACACUUACUAAGAUUAAACAAAGUGAUCUUUUAUGAUUACUUUAAUUACA